AUGCCGAUCACAAAUCUUGCUCUAAACGCCGCUAUCCCGGAACGAUAUCGUUAUGAGAGUUUGGACGACUUACAAGACACCCUUAUCGAGGAAACAAGAAAUAGCUAUCGUUGGGUGCCUCCAUGGCGAUCCGCUAAGGAGGCCAUUGCAACGUCCUACGGCCGAUCGAAUGUUUUCAGGCUCGAUGUCCGCUUUGGCGGUGAGGUAUAUACGGCGGAAGGUGCCGUCGUUGGCUUCUUCUCUGCCUCCGUAUCGCAAGGAAGGGACCGCGGAGAUACAUUUCUGCAUUUCCGGACGGAAAGGAAUGCUAAUACCACAAGCAGGGAAGUGAAAACGUAUAAUGUUGUUAAUGGGGGCUGCCAGACGGCUGAGGAAAGGUUGGACAGCUGGAGUAUUGGAGCCAUGCUAUUGAUCGUUUUGUACGACAGUGGGAACAAGGGAAAUGCGCAAGAACCUAUUACCCCCCCGUCGUUCGCCUCAUCGAAGAUAUCGAGCCCCGAGGAUAUGUCAAGCGUAUGA